ACCCGUUGCUACUCUUCCUCGGGACGGGAUGGCAUCGACUCUCCUCCCCCAAGGCAGCCAGGGCGGCCAGGGCGAAAAGCAGCGUCGGCGUUCAGCGUGAAGUUUGGCAUCGCUCUUCUCUGGGCUUCAGCCUCGCUCGGCCAGCUCCGGGGCUUGUCCUCCCGACCCCCAUCCCCGGCAUGGAAGCAGCGAGCAAGAGCGGCGGUGGGAGCAGCGGGAGAGCCCUCUUGCCCCCGGGGCCGGUGGCUCCCGUGCCCCCGCCACCUCCGUCGUCCGCGCUGCCACUGCCCCCUUCCUUUCUCCAGCCGCCGAGCCUGCUUUUGAGGGCGGCGGCUGCCGCCGCUUCCCCAGACAGCGGAUGCCCCUCGGCGGUGCGGCCGGAGCGCGGAGCCGCGGCUGUCGGGGCCCCGCGGACCCCCAAGUGCGCCCGCUGCCGCAACCACGGCGUGGUGUCCGCGCUCAAGGGCCACAAGCGCUUCUGCCGCUGGCGGGACUGCGCCUGUGCCAAGUGCACGCUGAUCGCCGAGCGCCAGCGAGUCAUGGCCGCGCAGGUGGCGCUCCGCCGGCAGCAGGCGCAAGAGGAGAGCGAAGCCCGGGGGCUGCACAGGCUCCUGUACCCCGGGAUCGGGGCAGGGGGGGCGGCGGCGGCCGGCGGCCGAGCCCCCAGCGCGGAACCCAGGCGCCCCACGGCAGCUGGAGGACCAGAGGUCAGCAGGGCACUGCCCACUUUCGAAGCCAGCAACCUAGGUGACCAAGAGGAGAAAAGAAGAGGCGAGUUGGCCAAAGUUGACUCAUGCUAUAGUGGGUUAGAAGAUCCAGGAGCCACAUCACAUCAGUAUUCCUUGAGGUCUUCACCAGAGUACAAUGGAAAUCAUGAAGACAAGCCAUCUGGUUCAGAAAACUCAGACAAGGAGGAACUUGCUCAGUCUCCUAGCCUUCAGUCAGAAAGGGCUGAAAGUCCUAGAUUACUGGCAUCUUCUGCUAUGGAAUCAGGAAAUGAAAAUGAAUGGCUCAAGGACUUUGCUGCCUCUAGAUCUAGCCUUCUCAGGGUUUCUUCAAGACGGAGAGAUCCACUUGACAUUCUGACUAAGGUUUUCCCGAGUCAUAGGCGCAGCAGGCUGGAAAACAUUCUGCAGUUUUGCAAAGGAGAUGUGGUCCAAGCCAUAGAACAGAUCCUAAAUGGGAAAGAACCAAAGCAAGAUACCAAAGACCUGGAAAGGUCCCCUGGAUCAGAACUCACAGUCUUACAAAGAUCUUCCAGUUUUAGCCUAUCUGGGAUAGGUAUAGGAACCAUAGGGAAUAAGUCAGCUUUUUCUCCUCUGCAAACCAGUUCCACUCCAUUUGGAAAUGAUUCCAACCUGUACCGUUUAAAUCCUAGGCUAGGGAUCAAUCCUCUAAGACUGGCCUAUUCCUCUCCAGGGAGGGCACUACCUGGCUUUAUGUCCCCAUACCUAACAUCUGGGUUAUUUUCCACUUUGCCAUUCCAGCCAGCUCUGGAUUAUUCCUUCUCAGGAAUGAUCAGAGGUACUUCGUAUUUUCCCAGCAAAACCUUGAUGACCAACAGUGGCCUUUAUUCCAGCCUGGAUCAGGAAAACCAAUAGUGCUUUAUAAGAGUUCUUUCUUUGGAACAGGUCCAGGAAUGGAUAAAUCACAUCACUCAACUAACAUGUUUGACUUUCAACUGGUUUUGUAGGAGUACCUUGAUCCAGUCCUUCUAUCCAUAUUUUUUCAAUGGAUAAAAGAAAAUGACAUGUGACUUAAAAUGACACUAUCAUGGAAUGGCAUUUUACUGAGGCGUGAUAUUUGAGUUUAGUCCCCAUAAUAACUAUUUGAAGCUUGUAUUUUCCUUGCCAAAAAUAUCUUCAGUAAGAACCUACUAUCCACCCCCAACAGACAUGCUCCUGUGUGAUAGUGCUCACGUACACACGCACGAACACAGAUUUGUAAAGCUGGAAUUUAUUUUGUAUCCAGAUAGUUUUUUAAUGAUGUCUCUACAUACUUUUGAUUUAGGGUUCCCAUUUGUCCUAUAUUGGACUAAAAUUGAGUUGAAUAAUUGUACAGGUACUUUUAAUGCUUUUUUUCCCCUUUCUCUUAUUUUUUUUUCCAAGAGAUAAAUUUAAUUUGUUUGCAAACGUAUACUAUGGCUCAGAUUAAAUAUGUCGGGCUUUAUUCAUACCUUCCAUUUUGGAUAAAAGGUGGUUAUUUUGGAUGAAUUUUUAUGAUGUUCUCAUUAAACUGCAUUCCAAAUGAAGCUAGAACUAAAGGUGAAUGACAAGACCACCAUCUUCUGGUCGUUAUCUCUAAUUACAAUUUGAUUCUGGUACAAUACAGGUGUUUUAAAAGACAAAGGAAAAACAUACCAGAAUUAAGUUUCAGUUGAUGUUUAAAAAAUGUCCUUUAUGAAAGAAUAGUUUCAUAUCAUUUAAUCUGUCCCAUGGUCCAAUUUGUUUUAGAAGUAUUUACUCUCCCUACUCUAGGAUCAUUCAGUCCUAGAUUGUGUGAGUGCACAUUUUUUUGUACCCGAUGUAAUAGAAUACUUUAGGGUUUAGAUUACAAAAGCAAAACAGACUGUAUUCAGGAAAUUAAAUAUAAUUACUUAGAAUAGUUUUUCUUGAACAUUUGAUAGCUGACAACCACAGAUAGUGGAGAUGCACAAACAUGCAGAAAAGAAAUGAAAACAACAGUUUUAGAACACUUGAGGUUUUCUUCAUAUUGAAUUUGUUUCAUGAACUGAAAUGGAUGUUUCUAUUAAAGUUUUUCAAUGACUUUCUUUUAGCUCAUGAGAUGCAUAUUUUGAAGAGAAAUUUUGUUGGCAAGUUUCAGAUACAUUUUUAGAUUACCUGUUAAAUGCAGAUUUUUAAAUAUAAUCACAUCCAAUAAGCUGUUUUUAUUUUAAUAACUUUCAAUAAAGGAGAAAAUAAGGAAUAGAAA